AUAUUACAUAUUCCAAAAGGUAUCCAGUUAACAGUCAUUGUCGUUUCGACAUUGGAAACCGUUUGAUUAAAAUUGGUACAAAAAGAUGGCCUUCGUCGUAAGGCAUCUUACCCUUGCGGGGGCACUUUGCCUCUUAUCCGUGGUUGGUAUUGCUCAAGGUGGUUUUCCGACCAUAUUCCUCCAAGAAAUCCAGCCAAUAGACGGCGUCGUUAUCACAAAUCCUGGAACGGGUGGUGGCAACGGGCUCAUUUCCGUUGUGGAGAAUAUCCCCGAAGUGGAAAAUGCUCCAAUAAUUCUUGCUCAAGUCCUCGUUGACGGUCCGGAGGAAUUAACAAUAACAAGUAUUAAUCCACCCUCGACGGACUUUAGGGUGGAAUUGGUAGGCUCAGAGUGGCAUUUGAUACAAGAUGGUCCCCUCGACUAUGAAGAGUAUCCCUCUUACUUAAUCGGUCUUCGGCACGGGGCAACUCAAAGGGGGGUCAUCAUCGAGGUCGGCGAUGUGAACGACAACGACCCUUUGAUAACUAACAAUCCCGACGGAGAGUUGAACAAUCCUUACAACGAACAUGAGCCUCCACCACUAACUCCGAUAACCAAAGUUGAAGCGUCGGACAGGGAUAAGAUCGACGAAAACAGAUUAACCUUCGAAUUCGUCCACCGAAUUGGAGGUGGAAAUGAACCAAUUUUUCGCAUGGAUCCCACUUCCGGGGAAUUAUUUAUCAUUAAAUCGUUAGAUUAUCGGUCCGCCUCCAUGCACCGGUUGGAGCUAUUUGUCUUUGACUCCGGCAGAAGGAACGAUUCAGUUCAAAUUACCAUACAAGUUGAAGACCUGCCCGAUGAACAACCCGAAUUUACUCAGCUACCAACAAGUUUUACCGUGGAUGAAAAUACACCCUUGAACCAAGACGUCGCACUUGUAACAGCACGGGAUGGAGAUCUUGGGAAAAACUGGCCAAUCGAGUACAUUCUUACGGAAACUCAUGCCGAUCCGAACACCCCGAAACUAUUCGCAAUUAAUUCUGACGGACAAAUCCUUGUGGCCAAUACGAUCGACGCGGAAAUGCUUUUGCACUACGAGACCACACUCAUGUUCGAUGUGGUCGUCACGGCCAGAGAAAUUCCACCGGAGGAGGAGGAGGGUUUCAUCCCGUUAGAAAGAUCCGCCACUAUUACGAUCACCAUCAAAGAUUUAAAUGAUAACCCACCCGAAGUGUGUAUUGUCCCGAAUCCAGACGCAACAACGGCAUGUUCCGGAUCACAGUCGUAUACCGUAGACAUUCCGGAAACACACACGGGAGAAUUGGAGCUUAAUUUACCAUUCAUUGUUCGAGACCUUGACUCGACUUUCUCUUUUUCGCAAUACGAUAUCGCCCUUGGUCCCAACACGGAUCCCCGGAUUCGAGCAGGAUUCAGAAGUCAGCCCGUUUCUGGCUCCAGCAUCACGGAAUGUUCCAUUGCUGUACAAAGUUCGGAACAGUUGGACUAUGAAACUGGAGCCUUUUGGUGGCACCUUGUCGACGAUGCUCCCGUUCCGAGGCAGCACACAUUCGAUGUUAUCUUCACAGGCCGACAAAACCCAGCCCACAUCGCCACGGCCACAAUAAAUCUGAGAGUGACGGAUGUGAAUGACAACGACCCCAUCUUCACUAAUCUCGAGGUCGGCGGAGAGUAUGUAUUCCACGUUUGCGAGGAGACCCCAGAUGGCACGGCGCUCAACGUUUUGACCGCACCUGGAAGCGAUCCAACGUCUUUAAUUUGUAAAAACUGGGGUUCGACGUCGACUCCGUUACGAGUUGUUGCAGAGGACGCUGACAUAACUCCAGCAUUUAAAGAAAUCAGGUACUCUUGGUAUUCUCGAAUGCCACCGGUCGCCGUGAAUCCAACUUUAGGCACGAUGGCGAUCAAUUUGGCGGGAGGAGUACGAAAUUUUGAUCGUGAAAUGUACGAACGUGAAUCUUUCACCAUUGAAGCAACAGAUACCGAAAGUGCUCGGACGUCAAGAGUCACCGCCACAUUCGUCAUUCUGGACCACAACGAUUUAAACUUUGAACUUCGCUUGCCACAAUUUCAAAUAUUUGUCGAAGAAGGAUUACAACCUACUCCGGGGGCUCCAAUAGCAAAUUUGUCGGAUAUUAUUGCCUCAUCAAGAGACUUGGAACCAAAUCUGGACAUUUCUAUUAAGUGGGAAGACACGAAGCUGUUCAGGUCUUACUCAUCUGACCGAUAUGAACAAAUAUUUUUUCAAGAUGAAGAUCCUUCCGAGACCAUUAAAAAAUGGUUUGCUAUCGGCCCAAUUAUCAAGGACGAUCCCACCAACGUUAAAGCCCGACUUGUCUACGGUCAGGAGAAAAUUGACCGUGAGCUCACCGACAUGGGCGUGGAUCGAGUCGAACUUGUAAUCGCGGUGACAGACAUGAACACCACGGAGGCCGAGUGGAUCCCAGGGAAUGAAGUUACAUCAACCCUUAAUAUCCGGAUUGUUGAUAUUAACGAUCAAUUACCCGAAUUUGAAGAUAUUAACGACGCUCGAGAAAUUUUGACGCAAAUUGAAGAAACGGAACCAUUUCCGGAUGAAGGCGACACAUCGACUGAUGCUCAAAGGGAAAUUUAUGCCUUUCGCGUGCACGAUAGAGACUUGAAUUCCAAAUUUUCAUUCAGCAUCGAGCCAGUCGGGUGUGUCCAGGAUUGUGACGAGUAUUUGGGAUUGGUCACGUUGCUUCCUCCACUUCCUACCAGCCCACAAAAGGCAACACUACAUCGGACCCAGGGUGUCCUGAUUGACAGGGAAGAAACCAAAUUUUAUCAAGGUAGGACAACAGACGAGUUAAAAUACCGUGUCACCGUAUGUGACGAUGAGCAAUGCACCAACUCGGCUUCCGUUACCAUUAUUAUCACUGUCAACGACAUAAAUGACAAUUUCCCCAUUUGGACCGUCACUCAUCCUCGAGUAAAUGUCCCCGAACUGGCCCAAGCUGGACACUUGGUGGCAACCUAUACGGCAACCGAUGCGGAUAAAGAAGACAAAUUCGGAAAAAUCACCUACAUUCUUGACGAAACUGUGGACAAUACGAAAUUUGCUAUUAAUCCAACAUCCGGCGCUUUAACGGUCGUGGGACCCUUCGAAUGGUGGGAGCAGCCGGAAUACACCGUGACGAUAACAGCCACAGAUAACUACCGGCCUGGAUUCCCCCCUUCCAAUCCUAACACAACCACGACCAUUGUUACUAUUCAAGAUGCGAAUACGAACGCACCAGAAUUCUUGACUGCAGAUGAUCCUCUGUCCGAACCGUACGAAACGUGGCCUGAAGUCGACAAACCGUUGAAUGAAACCAUCACUAUUCGUGAUCGAGAUGAUCCCUCCUUGGUGAAUGGCCAGUUCAGUGUGCGGAUUACUGGAAUCACCAAAGACGACAAGCCAAUGCCCGAAGAAAGCUUUCCAUUUCGAGUUGGAACCCUGGAAGUCGGGACAGGUCGAGGCGAAAAGAUCUUGCCAAUUAUAGCGACAAGAAAUCUCACGGGUGAAUGGGGCGUUUACGUUGUCAGUUUUGAAGCUGAAGAUGAAGCCGAUCCGCCCAGAAUUACACCGAGAGAUUACACCAUUAAAAUUCUGGACGAGAAUUUGAACACGCCAGAAUUUAUAUUUCCACUGCCAACCAAUACAACCAGUAUCAUCAUUAAUUUGAACUUGGACCCCGGACCUGUAAAUGACUGGGACGGCAACCCAGUUAACCGCUGCUAUGCCGAAGAUAAAGAUGAUCCUUUAUCUAACAAUUCAAGAGUUUGGUAUAUGACGGUCGAAAAUGAGGAGGAUGAAGAUGAUGGAUUUCAGUACUUUACAGUCAGUGAAAUAGGACAAAUUAUAUUACGGGAGCCUCUUGAUGACACCAAAUCACGUCAUAAUCUCUACAUCAGAGCCCAAGACCGUGGCGUAAUUCCCAGGUGGUCGGAAUCUAGGAUGACAUUUUUCCUUCGUCCCGAGCAGAACAGACCGCCAUAUUUUAACGACACCACUCCCGUGGAGAUCACUCUGAUUGAAAAUGCCAUCGGGGCUGAACACGAGAUCGUGUCAGCUUUUGAUCCAGACUCGACCGAUAUCCCGGGCAUAGACCUGGGCACCAUUUAUUACUUCAUCGUGGGUGGAAGCAAGGAAUAUUUUCACUUGGAUAUUCGAACCGAAGAUGGAAAAAACGUCACUUACAUCGUCACCACCCAGCCCCUCGACAGAGAAUUUAUCAAAGAGCAUCGAGUAGUGCUGUACUGUAGCAAUAAUCCGACCCCUCCAACCGCUGAGAUUGACCCCGGUCAAAUCCCCGACAGCAACGCGUACCUCUUGAUCAUCAUCGAAGUCGGGAAUCUGUUCGAUACUCAUCCCCAAUUUCCACAGGCGUCCGAGGGUGGCAUUAUUUCCGGGGGAUUCUCCGCAAAAAAUUAUCAAGAAGAAUCAAUCGCCGGAAUUUCCGUGAUUGACCUCGAUGACUUUGACUUUGUUACGUUUACACUUUCUGAAACCUUUGUCGCCUCUGAUGAAUCUUUAUCGAAUGUGGGCAUGCCCCCCUUCGUACUGACGAACAAUACCAACACGUCCGUCAGUUUACAGUUGACCUUCACCCCACAGCCCACGAUGAAGGGGCAUUUCACAUUCACCAUUACGGCCACUGAUUUAGGUCUGCUUAGCUCUACGGUUGAGUGUAAAUUGUACAUGAUUAAGGAAAGCAACGUGGUCACUUUUACCUUUUUGAAUCGCCGGGAGGAAGUUCAGGAUAAGUCUGCUCGGCUGGCUGAAGCCCUGUCCGCCGCAUUUCGAUAUCGCUGCAAUGUGGACAGAGUGGAUGAAAGGGUCGAUGCGUACAAUACUUCCGUCGCAUACACGCAUUUCAUCGACCUCACGACAAAUGAACCUAUAACAGGAAGCUUCAUCGAACAGCUCCAAUUCAAUCCAGAAGCGUAUACCAGGCUCCUCGCAGAAUUGGCCAAUGUUGGCAUCACACUAGCUCCUGACGGAAUCGGUCAACCUCAAACCAGCAGCGACGACGGGAAUCAACUCACCAUUUACAUUCUCAUCGGUGGCGUCGGGUUGCUGGGCGUCGUUCUCAUUGUUCUUUCAACAUCGUGCUACUUCAACAAUAGAAGUCUGACUCGAAGAGUGCGGGCUCUAACGGCGACCACGUUCGGGUCACAAACUUCCGGAUUAAAUCGUUCCGGAGCCGUGUUGGACCUCCCGAACACGAAUGAAUUUGCAAUUCAAGGCUCUAAUCCAAUGUGGACGACAAAUCCGGGCGAUAAUGAGAAGAGAAUUCCUGCCUUCGAUGCAGAAAGUAUCGGCAGCGGAGGGUCUGUCUUAAUAGGUGUCGAAGACGACCAGGACUUUAAGGAUUACAAAGAAACCGGAAAUCCCUACGAAGACGAGGAUGACGACCUUUACGGCGACACUCCUCACGACAAUCAAAACUCUCGUUACAACCCGCAAAGCUAUGGCUCGUCUGGGCAUGAAGACCUUGACAAUGACGAUAUUCAUCACGACGAAAGUGAAUCUGAUGCUCCAAGGAAUUACUCCGACAAUGAAAAUGACGACUAUCAAGACUUAGAAAUGCCUCCCCCCAUGGGUUUUGGGGACACGAGUACGAGACGAAAUCCAUUAAUGGACUUUGACGAAAACUAGACUCGCACAAUUCAUUAAGUAUUUUAUUUCUUGAUAUCCUGAUAAAAUAUACAUACACAUUUUUAAACUCAAAUGAGUACAAGUAAGCAUACAACUAAUUCUACAUAGAUGAAUCACAUUUAACUAUUUUAAGUAUUUUAUCCACGUUAUUAAAAACAAAUUUAAAUAAUAAAUGACCACAAGAGAAAAAUGA